CCUGGCUACGUGUAAGAAGCAAGACGUAAAAUAGAGUAAUAAUCAGGGAAUGAUGGAAGCAGCGGGCCCCGUCGCAGUGGGUCAAGGAGGUUUCACAAGUUUGGCCGAGCGCCAGCAAUAUGUCAUAGAUAUGAGGCGACGCUUUAGCCCACCAAGUAUGCUUAGCCCUGAUGGCAGUAUUAACCAGGACUUUUUCAAGCCGAAGCGCAUUGUCGUCCUUCAGCAGCGCAGCAAAUGGGGCCCAGCGCAGCGCGAAGCUCUAUAUAAGGGCCUGGAGGUACACGGAGUUGGCAAAUGGCGUGAGAUCGCUGCGGACUUCCUGCGAGGCGGCAAAUGGGAUGACCAGCAAAUCCGCAUGCAUGCUGCAAAACUCUUGGGCUCGCAAAGCUUAGCCCGGUACGUGGGCUGGAAAGGCAUCAAGGAGAAGGUGGAGCAGGAGUACGCUCGCAACAAAGCUAUUGGCGAGGCCACGGGCUGCUGGAAGGGAGGCAUGCUUGUCGACGACACCAAUGGGACGCUGCGCAAGUACUUCGAGGCGCAGGCGGAGCAACAUAAGCAGUAGUCGUCCUAUGCGAGUUACUUUGCGAUGUUUUGGUACAUGCCUUUUAUUGCUGUGCGCCUUGAUCAGGGGUUGCGCAGGUUGCUUUGCUGUGUUGGCCCCAUGGAAGACUGGCAAAUUUGCCGUGCUGCCUUGCUAAGUAGAUUAAUAGUUUGUGUCGCAGUAUGGCAGGAUGUACAGACGCAUUUAGCAUGGCACGUCGAGGCUUUCGAACGAACUGCAGGAUUGCUCGUACAUAACCGCGUACACCCAUCGUAACGUGUAAAGGGAC